UUCGAUUUUUUAGACCAAAGAGAAGAAAAAAACACACAAACACAAUCUCUCUCUCUCUUCUUUCUGUCUCUACUUUCUCUCUCUUCUGAUUCCGAUCCAAGAAAGAAAUCUCAACUCACAGCUGUAGACACCUAUUUCAGGCGCCGACAAAUUGCUUCAGUUUUCAGUUUUUUUCUCAAUCUAAAUCUGUGUCUCUCUUUAUCUCUGAUCCGAGUUUGUUCUGACUCGGCCGAGUUCGAACUGAGUUCAGCAUUUUCUCUUUCUUUGAAGUUUCAGUCCAAGAAUGGUUGUUGUGGCGGAUGUGAUUUUAUGAUAAGACUGUACUGACUCCAUUGGUGGUGGUGGAGGAAGAGGAGAAAAGGCGGUCGCUUUAGGGUUUUUUUUUUGGUUCUCUUCUUUUCUUCUUCUUCUUCGUCGUUUGUGUUUGGGCAUGGAGACCACUCAGAGUUCUAGCAGUUGGAGAGAUGCAUACAAGGGUAUGUCCUCUGACAACAUCAAGGGUUUGGUUCUUGCUCUUUCUUCCAGUUUCUUCAUUGGUGCUAGCUUCAUUGUUAAGAAAAAGGGUUUGAAGAAAGCUGGGGCUUCGGGUGUCAGAGCGGGUGUUGGAGGAUAUUCUUACUUAUACGAGCCACUUUGGUGGGUGGGCAUGAUUACAAUGAUUGUUGGAGAAAUCGCUAACUUUGCGGCUUAUGCAUUUGCACCAGCUAUACUUGUUACUCCUCUUGGUGCCCUUAGCAUAAUUAUUAGUGCUGUACUUGCACAUAUUAUUUUGCGGGAGAAACUUCAUAUAUUUGGAAUUCUCGGUUGUGCUCUAUGUGUUGUGGGUUCUACGACAAUUGUUUUACAUGCUCCUCAAGAACGUGGAAUUGAUUCUGUGACAGAAGUUUGGGAUCUUGCCAUGGAGCCGGCUUUUCUUUUUUAUGCAGCCUUGGUCGUAACAGCUGUAUUUAUACUUAUAUUCCACUUCAUCCCACUUUACGGCCAGACACACAUUAUGGUUUACAUUGGAGUUUGUUCCCUUGUUGGUUCAUUGUCGGUCAUGAGUGUAAAAGCGCUAGGAAUUGCUUUGAAGUUGACAUUGUCAGGAACUAAUCAGCUUAUAUAUCCCCAAACAUGGGCCUUCACUUUAGUUGUGGUUACUUGUGUUCUUACCCAAAUGAAUUAUUUGAACAAGGCGCUUGAUACUUUCAACACAGCUGUUGUUUCUCCCAUAUAUUAUACUAUGUUCACAUCACUAACUAUUUUGGCUAGUAUUAUCAUGUUUAAGGAUUGGGAUAGGCAAAGUCCAACUCAAGUCAUCACAGAAAUGUGCGGGUUUGUGACGAUCCUCUCCGGGACUUUUUUACUUCAUAAAACAAAAGAUAUGGCUGAUGGUUCAACAUCGUCCACACGCAUGCACAAAUACUCAGAAGAGGACGGGUUUGGCGCAGAAGGGAUACCUCUUAGACGGCAGGAAUCCAUGAGAUCACCAUAAAUGUAUCUUUGAAGGUGAGAUUCUACCAUGUCAAGAAUGAAAUUUGCAUACUUGUGUGGGGGAAGAAGAAGUAGAGGGACCACCAUUUCGGUGUUCAUCUGUUAUCGUAUCUCGUCCCACUUAUCCAUCCUCGGCGUAUCUUUAGAGAAGAAGAUGGGUGAGAUUUUUGGUGUUUCUAUCUCCUUUACCUAAUCCGAUUUUCGGCUUCUACAGUUAGCUGGUUUCAGCUGCCAUCUUUGUAUACGGUUUCCCAUCUUCUUCUUUGUUGUUCUUCUACAAUGAUUGAUACUCGCCAAUGUAAUUUUGUGCACAUUGGUUAUACGUAUAUUGUACUGUAGCUGACAACUGCUACUUCAAUGGAUUCUUGUAAGAAAAAUCUGAAACUUUGCCCUAUUUGAGUUAGCAAUUUCAAAAUUUCUUUUUUUGACC